GAGACAUGAUUGAGAGUGUCAGGUUUCCUGAUCACUGGUGCUUGGAGGGAUGAUGUAUAGCUGAAAGAAAUCUGUGACACAGUGAUCGUCAGGAAAGGGAAAGAGCUGCCGCGAUUCACUCUACUGUGAGGGGAAAAAAUACCAAGAAAGAAUGAGCAGGGUCACUUUUUUUGAGGUGGAGAUCCUUGAUCCCAAGACAAAGGGGCAGCUAUGUUUUCUGGACAAGGUGGAUCCCCAUUCCACUAUUGGAGAAAUCAAGUGCUUGUUUCAUAAAGCGUACCCUCAUUGGUACCCAUCAAGACAGGCCCUCAAGCUUGAUCCAAAGGGGAAAGCAUUAAAGGAUGAUGAGAUCUUGCAGAAUCUCCCCGUAGGCACAACAGCUACUCUCUAUUUCAAAGACUUAGGUCCCCAAGUUGGCUGGACAAUGGUGUUUCUCUCCGAAUAUGCAGGUCCACUCUUUAUAUAUCUAGUGUUCUAUUUCCGACUUCCAUAUAUCUAUCACCAUAAGCACGCGUUCACCUCCAGCCCAUACCCUGCAGUGACCCUGGCCUGUGUAUGUCACUCAAUCCAUUAUAUCAAACGCUUGGUCGAAACGAUAUUUGUGCAUCGUUUCUCCCAUGGUACAAUGCCACUCCGAAAUAUUGUGAGGAACUGUUUAUAUUACUGGGGAUUUGCAGCAUGGCUUGCCUAUUACAUCAACCAUCCUCUUUACACUCCACCUUAUUAUGGAAAUAAGCAAGUCAACUAUGCACUGGCAAUGUUUGCGAUAUGUCAGGCCGGCAACUUUUCUAUCCACUUAGCUCUCAAUAACUUGAGAAGUGAUGGAUCCAAGGCUAGAAAGAUUCCCUAUCCAACCAAAAACCCCUUCACAUGGCUCUUCUUCCUUGUGUCAUGCCCCAAUUAUACCUAUGAGGCUGGAGCCUGGUUCAGCUUUACAAUCAUGACACAAUGUCUGCCAGUGGGUCUGUUUACACUCAUCAGCUUCAUUCAGAUGACCAUCUGGGCGAAGGGCAAGCACUACACCUACAUAAGGGAGUUUAAAGAGUACCCCAGCCUCAGGAUGGCUAUUAUUCCUUUCUUAUUGUAAGGAAAUUAUAAGCUGUUAAAUGGAAUGAGAGAAGCAACAUAAAGCUGCAUAUGGCCUAAAUUGAAUCCAAUAUUAUAGCAAUUAUGUAGUACCAUUAAAAAUGUCUUUAUAUGCAGUAACGGGACUGUUCUGAUGCUAUAAUUUUGAUUUGAUCCAGUUGUAUGCACUUUAUGUGUUUUUUGAUUAAGUUAACUUGGGAGAGCUGUAAUUGCUUUUAGGAAAGCAUGGUGCAGCUCUAUUCAGUUUACCCAAAACGUGUGUAUGUAUG